GGAGACUACACACACAGAGAGUGAAGAAGCCGGAAAAUGUAUCCCUACUCCGGCCACGUUAAUGGCUCUGGCGUGGGCGGCUCCUACUACGAGAAGCGGUCUGGAACCGUCCAGAAGGGUCGGCCCCGCCGGAGAAGAGGUAGCAGGUCCUACCAUAGCGGCGGAGCGACGGUUUCCGGAAACAAGCAGCCGAAGCAAGCAGAGGGGCCUCUUUGUACUGAAUUUGACAUGGACUACUUCCGUUCUUACUCCCACGUUGGGGUUCACGAAGCAAUGAUCAAGGAUAGCAUACGGACUGAAACUUAUAAGGAGGCAAUUAUGCAACAUCAGAGUUUUAUUGCUGGCAACGUAAUCCUCUCUCUCUUUUGUCAGGUUUAUGCAGUUGAUGCUAGUGGCAUAGCAUUGCAGGCCUUAGACAUUGUUGAGGCUAAUAAUCUAUCGGACAAAAUCAUUGUAUUGCAUAAUAGGGUUGAGGAUGUUCGAAUUGAUGAUGGUGUGGAUGUUAUAAUUUCUGAGUGGAUGGGAUAUAUGCUCUUGUACGAGAGCAUGCUUGGAAGUAUAAUUUACGCCAGAGAUCGGUGGUUAAAACCUGGAGGCCUUAUACUACCAUCAAGUGCAACGUUGUACAUGGCACCUGUCACUCAGAGUGAUAGAUACGGUGAGAGCAUUGAUUUCUGGCGCAGUGUAUAUGGAAUUGAUAGUAAGUGCAUGCUGAAGCUAUGUAUUUCAUGCGCUUUUGAAGCGCCAUCAAUUGAGACAAUAUCAGGAGAGAAUUUGAAUAAUUUUCCUUUACAGGUAAAGUAUGUAGACUGCUAUACAGUGUCAAGUGGCGAGAUUGAGUUUGUCACAAAAAGUUACAAGUUCAAGUCAAUGAUGCGAGCUCCCUUGCAUGGUUUUGCAUUCUGGUUUGAUGUGAAGUUUUAUGGGCCUGCUACUGCCAUGCAUCGUCUAAUGCCAUUGCACCCUGAUGAUAAUCAAGUGAAAGAUGGUAGCCCGAGGAAGAAACGUGCAAAUCCAAAUGAAGCACUUGUAUUGUCCACUGCACCUGAGGACCCUCCAACCCAUUGGCAGCAGACAGUAGUCUACUUCUAUGAUCCAUUAGAGGUUGAACAAGACCAAAUAAUUGAAGGCUCUGUUACUCUAACACAAAGCAGAGAGCACUAUCGGUUCAUGAAUAUUCGCCUCGAAUAUGUUACAGGUGGGCGGUCCUUUGUAAAAGAGUCGAUGAUGAGGUGAUGAUACCUAUUCUUUGCUUUGUUUCAUGAUUUGAAGCCUCAAUGAGUCUUCUCAAGGCCUAACCUUCCUGAAACGGAAAGAUGUUGGCUAAGAUUGAUACAAGACUCCAUAAAGAAUUCUUUUAUUGUAAUGGAAUUCUAGUUUCCUACGGGGUGGAGACGAUGGAGUCGGUCCAUAGAUUUUCCUUUUCCCGCUGAGAUUACAGGUAUAGAAUUCUUUUAUUGUAAUGGACUUACCCCUUUCAAAUUCUCAGGGGUGAUUAGAUUCAGAUCAGAUUUUCCAUCAUGUAAAAGUAGAACUCCCACCAUUACUUUUUAAAAUGCUCCCACCAUUACUUUUUAAAAUGCUCGAGAGUUCAAUCUAGAAGUACAGAGCAUUCUUUCUCCCAUCUCUUAAUGCACAAGU